CCCACCAUCUUUGCACAACAGCAACAAACUCGGAAGAAAUCACUGGACCUUGUGGUGGCAACUGGCAAGAGAGAGAAGAGAGAACACUUAGCGUGGAAUGCUGAGAUCUUGUGGUGGGAAAUCAAGAACCAACACGACACUUUAGGAAUACUCAAAAAAAAAAAAAAGACAAGGGGGGGUAGUGGUAUAGUAUAGUAUAUGGGGGGUGGUAAUACAUUCGUGGAUGGACUUCGUCGCUGGUUUCAACGUCGUUCCACUACUACUACUACAACUACAACAACUAUUCUUCAUACCAAUGUACAACCAAUCUUGAUUAAUAAUCCUUCAAAACCCAUUGAUAUUUCAGACUCCCAUUACCAACAAGAUAGACAAGAAGUUAGGAUUAUUGAAGACUUUGAUAUAUCAGGUCUUAACCUUCUUAACGUCCCCAAAAGGGUAGAUUUCCCUUUAAUGGAUCCUCACAAAAAGAACUCACAAGAGGCAGAGUUCUUCACCGAAUAUGGAGAGGCAAGCAGAUACCAAAUUCAGGAAGUUAUCGGCAAGGGUAGCUAUGGAGUUGUGGCCUCCGCUGUUGAUACAAAAACUGGAGAAAGAGUUGCAAUCAAGAAGAUUAAUGAUGUGUUUGAGCAUGUCUCUGAUGCCACCAGAAUUUUAAGAGAAAUUAAGCUUCUUCGGCUAUUACGACAUCCUGAUAUUGUAGAAAUAAAGCACAUCAUGUUACCCCCUUCUCGGCGAGAGUUUAAAGAUAUUUACGUGGUCUUUGAAUUGAUGGAGUCUGACCUUCACCAGGUUAUUAAGGCCAAUGAUGAUCUUACACCUGAGCAUUAUCAGUUUUUCCUAUACCAGCUUAUGCGUGGAUUAAAAUAUAUUCAUACUGCAAACGUUUUCCAUCGAGAUUUAAAGCCGAAGAAUAUCCUUGCUAAUGCUGACUGUAAAUUGAAGAUUUGUGACUUUGGGCUUGCUCGUGUAUCGUUUAAUGACACGCCUUCAGCUAUUUUCUGGACUGACUAUGUUGCAACUCGAUGGUAUCGUGCUCCUGAGCUAUGUGGCUCUUUUUUCUCCAAGUACACUCCUGCUAUUGAUAUUUGGAGCAUCGGAUGCAUAUUUGCAGAAAUGCUCACUGGAAAACCAUUAUUUCCUGGAAAAAAUGUAGUGCAUCAAUUAGACCUUAUGACUGAUUUGCUUGGAACGCCUCCUCCUGAAACCGUUGCAAAGAUUAGAAAUGAAAAGGCAAGAAGAUACCUCAGUAACAUGCGGAAAAAAUCACCGGUUCCAUUUGCACAAAAAUUUCCGCACGCAGAUCCUUUCGCUUUGCGACUACUUGAACGCAUGCUUGCGUUUGACCCUAAAGAUCGACCAUCUGCAGACGAGGCGUUGGCUGAUCCUUAUUUCCGUGGUUUGUCGAAUGUGGACCGUGAACCGUCCACUCACCCAAUAUCAAAGCUUGAGUUUGAAUUUGAGAGGAGAAAGUUGGCUAAAGAAGAUGUUAGAGAGCUCAUUUAUCGGGAGAUUUUAGAAUAUCAUCCUCAGAUGCUUCAGGAGUAUCUUCGUGGCGGAGAUCAAACUAGUGGAUUUAUGUACCCAAGUGGUGUUGAUCGGUUCAAGCGACAGUUUGCACAUCUCGAGGAGCAUUAUGGUAAAGGUGAUCGAGGCACUCCACUUCAGAGGCAGCAUGCUUCCUUGCCUAGAGAGCGGGUACCUGCACCAAAAGAUGAAACCUCUUCGGAAAACAUUGAUUUUGAAAAGCGAACUUCAGCAUCUGUUGCUUCAACUCUAGAGAGCCCACCAGGGCAGUCCGAGGGAUCAGAGAAUUCAGAUGCUAACGUGCAAAAUGGACAAAACAAGCCAAACUAUAGUGCUCGUAGCUUGCUGAAGAGUGCUAGUAUCAGUGCUUCAAAGUGUGUGGUAGUUAAAAGAAGAAAUGCAGAGGGAGAGCCAAUUGAAGAGCAAAAUGAGGAGGUCGAUGGUUUAGCUCAAAAAGUUGCUGCUCUUCACGCCUAAUUUAUCAUCAGCAUACUCUGUAGAUCUGAUCACCAGCCAUUGACCCUUGCAUCAGGGUAAGAUGCCUACACGCCCCAUUCGUGCACCGGGCUGCCCUUUUAUACCGGGUGGGUAGUUAUGACA